UUGUGUUGUGUGGCGCAUGCGCAGUGCCGCCGCUCCUCUCUCGGUGCGGCGCAGAGCGCGCGGCUCUCCGCUGCUCCGCCAGAGUUGCUGAUCAGUGUCCGGGAUACCUGAUGGAUGGAUGGACGAUCGAUGGACUGAUCAAUCAAAACCACCCGCGCGGACUCUCAGUCUGGAGACGCACAGACAGACACGCGCUCAGUAUUGAUUAUUGAUUAAUGAUUUGCUGCUGAUAGUGUGUGUGUGUGAGUGUGUGUGUGAGCGGAGUUCAGCGCUUCAAACCUACGGGACUCUACUUUCUGCAUCCAUCACCUCCUCCUCCGGGAUGAAGACUCCUCUCAGCCCCUCUCAGCUCCUGGAGAGGGGGCAGAUCUUUGCCUUUGGAGGAAUGUGUCAAGAGCUGAUGGACCCCCCAACCCCUACAAGUACCAGUCUGUCUGUCCAGCAGACUCCGUCCACAGGUCAGGGCGGAGCCUACUCGCUGUGUGACGUGUGUAAUCUGCAGCUGACCUCUGCUGCUCAGGCCCAGAUACACUACAAUGGCAGGUCUCACCUUCGAAGAGUGAGACAGCUUCAGGCUGGAGAGACAGGACAACAGGCAGCAGCAGGGACUCAGUCUAGGUCCCUUCCCCAGGCCACAGGGCUCAGCUCCCAGACUGCAGGACUAACUCCAACCCCAGGCCUCAGUACGGGCCUCAACGCUUCAUCCAGCACGACUGCAGGAAGUGGGUGUGGUGCAGUGGGCGGGGCGUUGCCAGGACUGAUAGGCGCCACUGGUCCCUCGGUGAUGAUGAAACCAUUCCUGCCAUUUCCUGUCGAGACGACGUCGCCAGUUGGACUUUUCCCAAACUUCAACACGAUGGACCCGGUGCAGAAGGCCGUCAUCAACCACACUUUUGGCGUCACCUUGGUGCCCAAGAAGAAGCAGGUCAUCUCUUGUAACGUCUGCCAGUUGAGGUUCAACUCUGACUCUCAGGCAGAAGCUCACUACAGAGGCAGUCGUCACGCCAAGAAGCUCAAGUCUCAGGAGAACAAGACCAAGGCAAAGCUGUCAAUCGCCGGAGAGACCAAUGGGAGCAGCACCAGUCCUGUUUGCCCCGCCCCUCCUGUCUCAGCUAACAGCAGCACCAAUGAGCACACAGAUCUAUUAUCGAGCCUCGCCGACUCCUUUCCUCUCAAACCUUUCCUCCUCCCCUCCUCUUCCCCUCACUCCUCUGCCUCCCCCUCCUCCAGCAGACCAGGCAGCGAGCCUCCUCCCUCCAGUCCUCCCACCGCUCUCCCCGCCCCAGGCCUCUUUUCCUCUUCCUCCUCCUCUCCCCCUUCCUCCAAAGCCUCUCCGCCUCCCCCUCCUCCAGCUCCUGUCACCUCCUCUUCACCUCCUGCUCCUCCUCCACCUUCCCAGACCUCCUCCCAGGAUGCGUCUCUCUCAAUGGAGUCGGAGGAGGAGAAGGCGAAGAAGCUGCUGUACUGCUCUCUGUGUAAAGUCGCCGUUAACUCUCUGUCUCAGCUGGAGGCUCAUAACGCAGGUUCAAAGCACAAGACGAUGCUGGAGGCUCGGAGUGGCGCCGGGCCGAUCAAGGCCUACCCUCGAGCUGGAGCCAAGCUGAAGAACGGCAACAGCUCCUCACUGAAGGGCUCCGGCCUGCAGAACAAAACCUUCCACUGCCAGAUCUGUGACGUCCACGUCAACUCUGAGAUCCAACUCAAACAGCACAUCUCCAGCAGGAGGCACAAGGACCGAGUGGCAGGAAAACCCAGCAAACCCAAAUACAGCCCGUAUAACAAACAGCAGCGCAGCUCACUCACUAAGGAGUUAGUGAAGCCUUCCCUCUCACCCUCCUUCCUCUCCACUCCCUUCGCUCCCCCACCCUCGUCCCUCACCUCCACCAUCUCGCUCCCGACCGCCCCCCUCUCCUCCUCCCCCCUCCUCACUCCCACAUCCUCACCCCUCACCCCCACCAUCUCUCUCCAUCCUCGCCCUCCCCCUUCCUCAUCCCUCUUCACUGCCUCCUUCCUGCGUCCGGCUCCUGGACCAAUCAGAGCAAGCCAAGGAUCGAUACUCUUUGCUCCCUACUGAUAGCGGGGUCGAGGGUGGGGAGUUGAAUCGGCGACCUUUGACCUCUGACCUUCAGUUUGUUGAAGUAACAGAAGAGACAUCAGCUCUGCCAUCAUGGCUGCGGGGAUUCAAACCUGCGACCUUCUCAUCUGACUGAAGGAGACUUGAGAGGACUGAACCUUCUCGUUGCUUUAACUAAACCAGACGUGAAGCUGAACACAACAGAGGCUGGAAAGUCCUCACACAUCCUGCCUGGAAAACCUGGAAAGUCCUGAAAAUGACAGAACUGUCCUGAAAUUUCUAGAAAGCAAUAAGUGGUCCUGGAGGAAAUAUAUCAGUGUGCAGCUUUUUCUGUCGUCCUCAUUUGUUAUUUAAAUGUUCCAGAGUCAAAACAUCCAACUGGAAGAAGAAGAAGAAAAAACAUUCAACUUGUGCAUGAAACAUAGAGAAUAAUUAUAUUUUUCUUUCUUUGACCUUUUUACCAAAACAAGAACCCCAAAGUACGUCGUCCCUCAUGACAAGUGAGUCUUUGUGACAGCGUGAAUCCACUGAGAAAUACAGCUAGAGUUUGUUUUAAUGUGCUUUGCUUUGACAUUUUAAAAAAGAACCAGGAUUCAUAAGGAACAGCAAUAACUCAAUGGUACCUGAGACCGACACACAAAGGUGGUCAAGAACGUCUGGACUCGGUUCAGGUCUGUUUAGGACGGGUCUUUGGAGUUUGGACGGGGUUGUUUCUGUUUAAAAAAAUCUCCUCUGAACACAGAAGCUCUUCUUCCUCCUGCUGGAGGAGCUAACCAGCACAAACCUGAUGUCAGACGUCCUCCAUCAUGAAUGAAAACUAUAAGAAUGCAAAUGUCUUCAUAUCAUAUCAACUCUGGACCGUGAUGCCACAGAUGUCCCCUUCAGACGAUCCUGCGUUCAUGUUUGACUUGCUCCUAACAUACAGCAUCUCGAGCAGACAAACUUUGAAAGGGAGAAAGAGAAAUUAAAGGAUAUGGCAGGCGGUAUUUUAUGUUUUUUAAAUUGUCAACAAAUCCCAUGG